AUGAAUGAAACGUUUAUUGACGUGAAUGUGACUGGAGAAACACACAAGUUUGACCAUUUUCUGGAGCAACAAUCAAGCAUCCAGCAUGGUUUUGUGCAACGUCAGUGGAAUGCCCUUCUUGAUGUUAUAGGCGAUGAUCCCGACAUGUUGUACGUGUGGUACCUGAUGAUCUACUCGUAUGGAUUGUUCUGGAUUGUUGGUGGACUAUUUGUCCUGAUGGAUUUAACGCAAAGACCGGCCUGCAUGCGCAAGUACAAAACACAACCAGGAACCCACGAACCACUGGAAUGGGAUCGCUGCAAGCGCCUCAUCCAAACCGUGGCUUACAAUCAGCUAGUGUACGGGAUACCGACAACAUGGGCCACCUACCAUGCCCGCAAGAUGUUCCUGGACAGCGUGCCCGAUGUGCGAACCAUACCUACCUUGGACGUCAUCCUGCGCGACAUGCUGGUGUGCAUAGUGGCGUGGGAGGUCGGGUUCUACUACACUCACCGGCUGCUGCACUCAGGCCUCCUGUAUCGACUCAUCCACAAGAAGCACCACGAGUGGAAGGCCCCGGUCGCCUGGUCCGCCAUGUACGCACAUCCGGUCGAGUUCGUUAUCAGCGACCUGCUGCCGGUCUACCUCGGGCCGGCUCUGAUGACGUCGCACGUGUUCACCAUCGCCAUCUGGCUGACGUUCGUGAUGUGGGACACGCUAGGCGACCAUUCCGGCUACCAUCUACCGUUUCUCGGUAGCUCGGAGUCGCACGACUAUCACCAUUUGAACUUCAACCAAUGCUAUGGCAAUUAUGGUUGGUGUGAUCGACUGCACGGAACCAGCGACGAGUUUCGAAAGAAAAAGCAAUUCCAACGGCACCACCGAAUUUUCAGCCUGAAAUCGGCCAGGGAGCUUGUACCAGUUAAAUAG